GGGGUGGGGACAGACCUGGGGUGUGGGACAGCAGGAGCACCAUGAAGUCAGUGUGGGGGCUGUGGAGGCCAUGGGCCCCAGAUGCCCGCCCCUGCCUGGCCGCCUUGGCCCUCCUGGCCCCGUCUGCUCCUGGCUGCACCGUGUGCCUCCUGUCCUCUCCAGCCACCUGAGCAGGAUCCUGGACAAGAGCGGAGAUCAUCGGUCACGUCAGGACACCCCUGGUGAGAGUAAGUCGAAAUCUCUCAUCCCAACUCGACACCCAGAACGGCCCACGUUGCAGAAGGAACCGGAAAGUCGGCGGGCUCGAUCCUCUGCAGUCAAAAGGCCUCAGGAAGUGUGCAGCGUCCCUACUUCCACCUGUCGGGGAGUCUCUAAGGGAUGGAAACCCCGUGUGAACACCUGCCACGGGACUCACUCCCUUGAGCUGAACACUCGAGAGAUGCUGGAAGCACGCACCAGAAGGCUCCGGGCACAGCACAGGCGGCGGGUACUCCUGAAGGUCGUUCAGGCUCUGGCUGUCUAUCGGCUGAAAAAGACUCACGCCUGGCGCAUUCUGCAGUCGGCCUUAGCCGCCCCAGGCACCUGUGUGUCAGGCAUCCCCGGGAGACUCAAGUUUCCUGACCUUGUGGGCAAAGCCCCUCAGGCCUUUCCAGGAGAGACCUUGGAAACUGAGGAGGCAGCUUCCAGCACGGGGAGGCCUCUCCUCGCCCGCUCACGAGUGUGUGUGGAAAUGGUGUGGGGAGGGAACCCACUGGGUGAUGACCACAGGUGCCCCUCAUCCUGUCCUAUUGGACAGGAGGGCAGGCCACCGAUUCAGCGCCCCACACUCAGCGUCACAGGUGGAAGCUGCCAGAAUGGGAUGAUGGAGCAGGGCCAGAGGGGCAGCCCGGGGCUAGGUCCCUGUUCAGCAAUGGGCAGGGAUGAGCCGAGAGAGGAGAGUGGGGGACAGGCCUCACAGGAAACCUGCGGGACGGUGACAAUGCUGGAGGUGACCUUCACAUCACAGUCUUUGAGGGCCACAGAGGCUAGUGAGGCCACGGCGCUCCCACCUCUUCAGCCACAGUCCAGAGUCACACCGGAAGCAGCAUCUCAGGACUUAAUCGAGGAUGCAGGGAUGUCAGAAGCUCCAGGGACCAGGGAAAGUCCUGUGCCCUGUAUAAAGUCUGUUUCCCUGCUCCCAGGAGAACCAUAUCACAACACAGAGGCUGAGAGUGAGCUGAAGCCCAAGGUGAAGGUACCAUCGCAGAACCACCCUCGACACUGUCCCCCUCACAUGCCGCUCAGCAGAGACAAAGUGGCUUCUCCGGUGUCCCCGUGCCGUCCCCAGAGCAGGCCUACGGGAGAGCAUGAAGAGGGGUCUGCAGCACUGGGCCCACGUCAGGCUGUGACUGUGAGCCGGCCUGCCCGGGUCCGGGGAGGAGUACACUCCGCUGGGACCAAAUGCCCACAGUGCACACCAGGGGAGACACAGGGGCCUCCAGAAAGCUCCUUCGCAGCAAGGCUGACGCUCUUCUUGCAGAGCAUAAAAAGCAAACACCAGUACACUCUGCCACAACCUAAACUGUCACCAGCCACCGCCCGGAGCCAAGGAUCAUUCGCAAGAAGAUCAACUGUGGAGAACGCGGAUGCUGAUUCUCAGGCGGUGAUGAGAGCGGGCAGACCGACAUUAGAGGACAAACUGGCAGUUCUACAUGGACUUCAGGGCACAGAGUUAAAGGCCCCAAUACGUGCGUGUCACCACUCCCACGGGCAGCAUGGCUCCCCCAAGGCAGGGAAAAUUAGUCAUACACCCUGCUGCCAUCAUCCCACCCAGCAGGGCCAGACUUGUCUUUUCAAGGAAAGGCAAGUCAGACGCGGAGAGCCCUUGGAACGUGUCACCUUGAACAAGGAGCAGCUGGACCUGAGCAGCUCCACAUCCCAGUCCCACAAGAGGACUUUGUCUUCUGCAGUCAGUCGCUGCCAGGGUGGACCAGCCGUGCAAAUUGUCCCAGGCCAACAGCGACACUGCCCACGGCACUGUCCUCUUCGCAGAGGUGUUUAGUCUGGGCAACCACAAGGUGCUCUCUAAA